UCACCGUUGAAUGAAAAUUUCUUAACCAAAAAAUUUGACAAUGGCUGUUGUCAAAAACCUCUGACCCAUUUUGUUAACUCAUUAUGUUCCCGAAUCGAAACCGAUCUGGGCGUAGGUUUCAUCGUAAUGUCAUAGAGGAAUCCUAUUUGCGACUUAGGGGUAGUAUUGGAAUGGUAUUUCGCCAAUCUAGGCUUCACAGGAGAGGUGAAAACACCGAUACAGAAACCACCGAAACCGGGCGUGUUGACGUUCCAAGUACAAGCGGUGCUGGUAGCGAUGGAGUGGCCAUAAAUGACGCUAGCAGAUGUGACAGAGGCCAGCCCUCUGCAGGGCUAGGGCCUUCAUCGCCAAGAUCAUUCAGUCCUUCUGCAUCUCCUCUGAGUGUCCAACAAAGUCACAGACUGCGAUACGUUUUUGAAGACGGGGAAACUGAAAGUCGUCGCCGCCGUAGCGCCAGUCCGGCUCCCACUCCCAGUCGGGCCAGUGUCAGAGGCUUGCACAGUGGAGUUUCCAUGUCCAGGCCAUCACAUCUACCCAUGAAAGGAGAGCCAUUCUGUGAUUGUCAUGAGAAGCGUGAGGAACAUAAGUGUGUUUGUGGAGAAGAAGAUACAAUGUUUGAUUGGAUAUGGGAUGAAGAGAAUAAAUCCACAGCCAGCAUACUCUCUGAUGAUAGUAGAGAGGUGAAGUUUCAUCCCGACUUCAGCAGCGGGACAGCAGCAGUGAGGGGUACAAAGGUCAUGAAGGAGGGUCAGCAUUACUGGGAGGUCAAAAUGGUGACACCAGUCUAUGGCACUGACAUGAUGAUUGGGGUAGGUACUGGUGAUGUUGAUAUGAAUGCCUACCACCACAUGUUCUGCAGCCUGCUUGGCUCCCAUUCCAACAGCUGGGGUAUCUCCUACACCGGUCAUGCCUACCACAAGGGGACAGCCAUCCGCUACACCAACAAGUUUGGCCAAGGAACCAUCAUUGGUGUACACCUAGACAUGUGGAGAGGGACUCUACAAUACUACAUGAAUCGCAGACCAUUAGGUGUAGCAUUUGAGGGGCUUGCAGGAAAAUCCCUUUAUCCUAUGGUGUGUUCCACAGCUGCUCGCAGCGGCAUGCGCCUCAUAAGAAGUUGGUCAUUCCGCACCUCGCUUCAGCAUAUGUGUUGCAGUGUACUCCGCAAACAUUUACCCAUGCAUCAGAAUGUGACUGAUGCUCUGUUAUUGCCUCCUGGGCUGAAGGCAUUCUUAAAAAAUAAUAUGGCUUGGUUGUUGUGGCCCAAUACUGGCGGUGAGGUGCGGCCAGAACCCAAGAAAGUGAAAAUAAGGCAGCGGUCAGAGGACAGCGAUUCUGACUUGGUGUUAAAAACUGAUUCCUUUGACGUGCAUCGGAUUACUAAACGGCGGCGGACUGAGGAAGAAAGUGACUCUGAUUCGAUGAAUGAUUGGGAUGUGAGUGAUGGCGGUGAGGACUCUGAAAGCCCCGCCCCGAUGCCUAGCACAUCGUUCACUGGUGAUGUGGUCAAUGAACAAUCUACCAGCGCUCGAGAUGGAUCUGACGUUUAUGUGGCGACAUCAGUGCAUGGAUUGAGCAUUACCACGUCAACCAAUACAAGAGCGUGUAAUGGUCAGUAGACCCGGACAGUGAAACGCUAAGAACUACUCUCAUAGGCUAAGAACUACUCUAAUUUUAUGUACCCAGUACAUUGAGAUUGUAUAUAUUUGGAUAAACAGAUCAGUGAGUCUUCACCAACAUUCAGAAUAGAACAUUGUGUGGAUUGUUAGUGCAUUUUGAAGUCGAGGUAAACAAGGUUUCAAUCUUACUUUUAGGGUUAUCACCAGGAUUAUUUUUGAUUCCGACGGCCCCUUCCAACAAUGCUGUUGUCUUUCUUGGAACAAUGAUUUUGUUGGCCUUACUUCACCCCUUUACAUAACGUACUUGAAGAUGUCAAAUGCAAAAGCCACUGAAUCCACUUGGGCCAUUUUCGAGCCGAGGUGGUUACAUUAAUAAUCAUUUUUUUGCAAUAGAAGUGAAGCUUAUUGAAUGAUUUACACUUGAAUCAGUCGGUUUUUGAUGCAUUGAAAUGGUUUGGUAUUCAGCUAAGUAUUUUCAGGUAAAGUUAGCCUCACCUAUCUGUUUUUGGAAUGAGUCCAAGCAGCUUUUGCAUUCGAAAUCUUCACUUGGGUGUUUUUUGAAAAGUAUGCCAUGAGUAUGGCCGACAAAUUUAAUGGUAGAACAAGUCAGUUUAGUAUUGUUGCAGAUGAUUUAUUCAUAAUAAGAGGUAGAUCUGUUGAAAACUCA